AUGCUAAACGCCCUCGAGAGGAACGCCAACGAAUGGGGUACGUGUUCUCUACACGAUGGACCAGGUGAGAGCUCAGUUGGACACGGCUCAAUGGCCUCGUCAACGUCACCCACGAAACUUGAGAGCAUUUUGGAUGACAAUGGCGAGGGAGCGAGUGGAAGAGAUGCUGGGGCCCGCACUUCCAGUGAAGGCAGUCCAUCUAAGUAUCUAAAAGCCGGUCACAUUAUGAGGAGAAUCGACUCUAUAUGGGCUAAAAGAACGCUAGAGUGGAUCCCUAGAGAUGCUGAACGCCCUCAAGGGAGACCGCCAACGAGAUGGGGUGAGGUGUUCGCUACACGGGUGGACCGGCUGAGAGCUCAUCUGGACACGAAUGAAGGACCUUGUCAACGUCACUCACGAAACUUGAGAGCAUCUUGA